AUGGCGAAAUCCAUGAGAUCAAAUGUGAAAAAGGCGCACAGAUCUGCUAAGCGUAGCAGGGAGGAUUCAGAUUACCAUAUAAAGGAUCAAGCGAGGCUGGCUAGGCUGAACAGUAGACUGACCAGCACACAGCCAUCUGACGAGGCUAUUAAGGACAAUAGACCUGAGUUUGCAGAGGAUCUGGGUGCUGGUGAGAUGCCCAUCAACACCGAUUCGAAUACCGACAAAAAGGUUUCAACCCACGGCCGAGACGUAGGCAGACAUCGCAAGCGCCAGCAGGCGAGAUCUGGGGCAUCUUUCAACGGUAGAAAAGGUGGAAAUCUUAUCCAGGUUUCUGGCCAAGUGAAGCUCCGUGACUCGUCCAAUUCCAAUUUGAGGACAGGCAGCAUCGAGCUCGACGUGCACCGCCUCGACAUGCUCAACGCGGCCCGCUCACUCCCUUUCAAUCCUCUCUCCCCCACUUGCUCCUCCGACGUCGAUCUCAAGCUGAAGCACCGCUAUCUCGACCUGCGCAGCACGCGCCUCACCCAAACUCUCCAGCGCCGGUCUCAGAUCACCCACUCUAUCCGCACCCACCUCCACUCCCUCAGCUUCACCGAGAUCGAAACUCCGAUCCUCCUCAACUCUUCUUCCGAAGGCGCGCGGGAGUUCCUCGUCCCCACACGCUCCUCCGACACUCCCUCCUUCUACGCGCUCUCCCAAUCGCCCCAGCAACCCAAGCAGCUCCUCAUUGCUUCUGGCUGCACUGACGCCUAUUUCCAGAUUGCUAGGUGUUUCCGUGAUGAGGAUGGCAGGAAGGAUAGGCAGCCUGAGUUUACCCAGCUGGAUGUUGAAAUGGCCUAUGUCAAUGGUGCUGCCUCGCCUGACUCGUGCGCGCGCGGGUGGAAUAUCGGUGGUGAGCAGAUCCGCCAGCUUAUCCAAGGGCUAGUGGGGGAGUUGUGGGCGCGGUAUAUGCACACCCACAUUCCAAGCAUACCCGUCAUGUCCUACACGCACGCCAUGAACACUUACGGCUCCGACAAGCCCGACCUGCGAUUCGAUUUGGCCAUACGCGGCGUGGCUGAGGGUGGAGGUGAGUGUGUAGGUAGUGGUGGCGUAAAGCAAACUCAAAUGCAGACGCGAGCACUCACGCUGGACAAAGAGACAGCCUCGCGAGUGAGCGCAGAAUUCUACGCUGCUCACCCUCCUACUCCGCCCACACCACAGAUGGUCGCCUCGCUCGGCCUGCAAGAGGGGGAUGUGGUGUGGUGUGAAGAUACGCCGGUGUAUCCCGACGGUGGGGGAACUGCACUGGGAGCACUGCGUCUGGCGCUUGCAGAUCACCUCGCCCUCCCCCACACCACACCCUAUGCUUUCACGUGGAUCACCGAGUUCCCGCUCUUCACGCGUGCGGAUGAGGAUAAAGCACAUCUCUCACGUGGGCGUUACGCCUCCACUCACCAUCCUUUCACAGCACCACAUGCAGACGACGUGCACCUCCUCCACACAAACCCAGAGCGCGUGCGCGGCCAGCACUACGACCUCGUACUCAACGGGUGCGAAAUCGGUGGGGGCAGUGUGCGUAUUCAUGAGGCGGAUUUACAAGAGAGUGUUUUUAGAGACGUCUUACGUCUGAGCGAGAAGGAGGUGGGUAGAUUCAGUCACCUCCUACAAGCCCUAGCUAGUGGUGCCCCCCCUCACGCUGGUAUUGCGCUCGGGCUCGACAGGCUCAUCGCUCUCAUGUGCGAUACAACCUCUAUUCGUGACACCAUCGCCUUUCCGAAAUCCCUCAAUGGGCGCGAUCGCCUCUUUGGAUCGCCUUCCCCGUCUCAACAUCACAACCUCGCGGAUUAUCGCCUUGCUGCGAUGGAGUAA